AGUGAUUCUGGCCAGGAUAGUCACCGUGUCAAGAAGAGGGUGGGAAUUGCAUUGUACUGCCCGAACAUAUAGAGUCUACUACUAUAAGCGACAUUGGAUUAUUUGUGAAGUGUCGUUCUAGCAAUUUAACAUGGCAGUGGCAGUGAAUGUGCUACUAUUGUUGACAUGUGUCUUAACUCUAGCAACGGCAUCACCUCAUUUUCUGAAGAAGAAACUGAUAUUGACAUCUGACAGUAAUGAUGGAGGUUUCGGAGGUCACGACGGUGGUGGCAGUGCCAGUGGAACAUUCUCCAUUGGUGGAGGAGGAUUCGGGUUGAGUUUUGGUGGUGGCCUGCUGGGAGGUCAUGGAGGAAGCAGCGGUGGUGGUGGUGGUGCUGGCAGUUAUUCUGGUUCCGGAGGAACUGACGUUGGAUAUGCUGGACCUAGCUUCAUUGGAAGUGGUUCAGGUCAAUCACAUGGAUCUGCUGGUUCGUUCAGUGGAUCUAGUAACGGAGUGGUCUCUCACGGAGUAUCAAACGGAGGCGUAGGUGGAGGUUACGACAGUAAUCAUUCUCCAUCGUAUGGGCACGGACAAGCUGGACAUGCGCCGGCAACAGACCUAAGUCCACCGGGAGUAGGAUCGGCGAGUCAUUAUGGUAGUUCAUCUAACAGUUUUGCAAGUGCAAGUGCAAGUAGUUUUGCUAGCGCGAAUGCUGGUACUCAUGGGAAUGGCGGUUUUGCUACCGGUUCCGCUCCAACAGGAGGGUCAGUUGGAUUCACCAGUCCUAAUGGAGGUCAUGGCGGUCAUAGUUCUUCUGGUUUUACUGGCUCCAGCGGUGGACAUGGUGGCUCUGGCGGUUUCACUGGUCAUGGUGGUUCUGCGGGAAGCCACGGAGGAGGAUUCACCAAAGAGAUUACGAUUACAAAACAUGUCGAUCGUCCAGUUGUUGUAGAAAAACCAGUCCCAGUUCCAGUGGAUAGACCGUAUCCGGUUUAUAUUGAGAAGCAAGUUCCAGUUACGGUGAUUAAAGAAGUUCCUGUCGAUAGACCUGUUGCUGUUCCGAUGCCUGCGGGACACGGUGGUGCAGCAAAUAGUGGAUCCUUUGGUGGAAGUUAUGCAUCUGCCUAUGCUGGGGCAAGCAGUUAUGCAUCAUCUGGAAGCUACGGUACUGGAGGCGGACAGUCUGGUUACAAUGGCGGUGGUAAUAGUGGCGGUCAUGGCGGCGGUGGGUAUGGCGGUGGUCACGGUAGUGUAGGCCUUGGCGCUGGUGGUAACGGUGGUAGUAUUGGUGGUAGUUUUGGAGGUGGUUUUGGUGGUGGUCAUGGCGGUGGUGGUAACGGUAUAAGAAAGACAAUUACCAUUGAGAAAACUUUCAAUAAGCCAAAGCAUCAUCAUCAUCAUCACCAUGGAUGGUGAGUUUGUCAAGGUGUUUUUAAGGAGCUUUACGUACAAAAUAUAAAAAAAAACUAUUGUUUCAGACUAGAGUAGUACUAGAUUAGCGAUUCAUAGAAGUAUACUAGACAUAUUAAAAUUGAAUUUAAAAUGUAUGUUUUUAAUUACCGAAUGCUUUCCUUAGGUAGUCUGUAGCGCUUGAAUUGGUGCAAUCACCAUCAAA